UAUUCUUUCACCUUCUUCUUUAUAUACCUCCUUCUUCUUCGGUUCUUCUCUCGCUUUCUUCUCUCUUUCUUUCUUUUACAUUUUCAUCUGUAAAAGAAGCAGAAAACCACAACUAUGACUUUGAGCAACAGUAUUGGCCAAUUCGGAGAUACAACACUAACAAAAGUGUUCGUUGGAGGAUUAGCAUGGGAAACUCCAAAAGAAGCCAUGAGAGAGCAUUUUGAAAAGUACGGUGAGAUUUUAGAGGCUGUGAUUAUUUCCGAUAAGGUCACCGGCAGAUCCAAGGGCUAUGGAUUUGUUACGUUUAAGGACCCUGAAGCAGCUAAAAAGGCUUGCGAGGAUGCUACACCGAUCAUCAAUGGCCGCCGGGCCAACUGUAAUCUGGCUUCGCUUGGUGCUCGCCGCCCAAGGUCCGCCACUCCGGGCCCUCCUCAACAAGGAUCCAACGUCGGACCGAGGUCCACAUCAUCGGCACCAGUAAAUCAUGUGCAGUGGUACUAUCCUGCGGGUUCACCUGCGGCCCCAUUUCAUCAUCAACACCAUCAGGCCGUUCCUUAUUAUGGUUAUACCCCGACUUACGUUGCUACAGAUGUUAGUUAUAAUCAUAAGCUGAGCUACACAGGUGGGUCCUACAUGAACGGUCAUUUCUCACAGGUGUAUCCAGGGCAGCCUAUUAUGGGUGCGAAUGCAGUGAUGCCAAUGUACCCUCUGUAUCACUUCCAUCAAUCACAGACAAUGGGACUACCUGCCCAUAUCUUUCCUCCAACAACAGCGGGGCCCAUCACCACUGUCCCUACCAUAAUGUCUAAACCUCCAUCAAUAGCCCCUAGCCCAGUUUGUUUGGCUGUGGAAUAGGUACAGUUGGGAGUGGAGAAAGCUUUAAAAAGAUUGGGUAAGAGCAAUAAGGAAGAUGGAAGUUUAGUUGGCAAUAACAGAAAAAAAAGGGAAAGGGAGUAUUGUUAGCUACUGCAGAACAACAUUCUUUUCUCAUCUGUCGUGGCUGUUCUUUCCAAUUUUUUUUUUUUUUUUAGUAUUUAUUAUUAUUAUUAUUAUGAUUAUUCUUAUUAGGUGUUUGAUAAGAUUCUUUCAUUCUCUUUUCUUUCUGCCUCUAACAUCUCAGCUUGAGCUGUGAACUGAACUAUUAGGAAAAGAAAAAUAUUAAUUAUUGUAACAGAGAAGUCAGGAUUGAUAUGUAUAAAACCCGUAUCUUAUGGGUUGCUUUUGAUGGCUUCAAUGAACUUUGCUGCAUAAAAGCUGCAUCUUUAUAUAA